AUGCCCGCGACCGAGAUCACCAGCUUUCCGCCACUCCUCCCCGUCGAGCUUCGGAUCCACAUAUUUGAUUACUUUUUGGAUAUCCUCCCUCUAUCGCAUAUUGCCAAAUUGGCUCCUUUAUCGAAAUGCGUCUACAGUCGAGUUACGCCUCUACUCUAUCGAGAUUUAGUCCUCAACCGGUCUAACUGCGAGGCCUUCUUCUAUGGCUUCAAGGAUGGACUCAAAGAGGGCGAGAGGGAAGAGUGGUACAAACCCAACAUCGACCCGUCUUCAUCCCAAUCAACAGUCGCUCGAACGCUGAAGCUCUUCUUCCUCUCGACAUCCGUCACUAUCCAAGAUGUCGACGCCUUAUUUGCUUGCUUUACAGCUUUGCGCCUGAUAUUCGGCUCAUUGAAACUACCCGCACCCCCGGAAGGGUCCUGGGGCCCGUCCAUAGGCGAGUGGCCUGUACUCUUCCACAAUGCCGGGCGAGAGGAGGGACGUUUGACUUGGGGUUCUGAUCUCAUCCAAUCUGUACAAGCUGGCUUGAAGCGUGAUCCGCGGUAUCGCGGGAUGGCAGAUUGGAGUCUUCUGCCUUACCUCACCGCUAAAAAGACUGAGAGCAUGACGUUUGUGGCGUUGCCGUCUGAAUGGUCGACGUCGUUGGUUUAUUUUGUGACGCAUGUGCUGGCGUCGGGGCGGGUGAAGAAGGUGGAUUUUAGAGAGUGUGAGCCGGCGUCGGUGGAGCUGGAUAAUACUGAUAUUGGGAAACAUACGUUUGUGGAGGAGGUUGAGAUAUACAUCCCGACAAAGACGUCGUUAUCCAGAAGUGAGGUGUACGAAGGCUGUGUACACGCUGUCCGAAAUUUGGCACAAAGCAGCCAAUCCCUUCGCACGAUAACAUUCCACAACUACCCUCUCGACUCUGCCGACAAAGGAGAUGGCGAAGCCGACAGCCUGCUAGGAGCAGCCGAGCGUGGGGCAGAAAACCUUCUCGAGAUGCGUCUCGAAGAUAUAGGGAUCAUACUUGUAUAG